CCCACGCAGCUCGGGCGGGACGCGGGCGGCUGAGUCCCACCCCUCUCCCAGGCGCCAGUGGCCCGGUAGCGGCUGGGCAACCGCGUGGGUGGCUGUGGUCGCGAGAGGAGGCUGAGAGCUGGGUCGCAGACAUGCUGCUGCUCAAGAAACAGACGGAGGACAUCAGCAGUGUCUAUGAGAUCCGAGAGAAGCUGGGCUCGGGUGCCUUCUCCGAGGUGAUGCUGGCCCAGGAGAGGGGCUCUGCACACCUUGUGGCUCUCAAGUGCAUCCCCAAGAAAGCGCUGCGGGGCAAGGAGGCCCUAGUGGAAAAUGAGAUCGCUGUGCUUCGCAGGAUCAGCCACCCCAACAUUGUUGCUCUGGAGGAUGUCCAUGAGAGCCCUUCCCACCUCUACUUGGCCAUGGAGCUGGUGACAGGUGGUGAGCUGUUUGACCGAAUCAUGGAGCGGGGCUCCUACACAGAGAAGGAUGCCAGCCAUCUCGUGGGGCAGGUCCUUGGUGCUGUCUCCUACCUGCACAGCCUGGGCAUUGUGCAUCGGGACCUUAAGCCUGAAAACCUCCUCUAUGCUACCCCCUUUGAAGACUCCAAGAUCAUGGUCUCUGACUUUGGCCUGUCCAAAAUACAAGCUGGCAACAUGCUAGGCACAGCUUGUGGGACCCCAGGAUAUGUGGCCCCAGAGCUCCUGGAGCAGAAACCCUACGGGAAGGCCGUAGAUGUGUGGGCCCUGGGUGUCAUCUCCUACAUCCUGCUGUGUGGGUACCCCCCCUUCUACGAUGAGAGCGACCCUGAACUCUUCAGCCAGAUUCUGAGGGCCAGCUAUGAGUUUGACUCUCCUUUUUGGGAUGACAUCUCAGAAUCAGCCAAAGACUUCAUCCGACACCUUCUGGAGCGCGACCCUCAGAAGAGGUUCACCUGCCAACAGGCCUUACAACAUCUUUGGAUCUCUGGGGAUGCGGCCUUGGACAAAGACAUCCUGGGCUCUGUCAGUGAGCAGAUCCAGAAGAAUUUUGCCCGGACCCACUGGAAGCGAGCAUUCAAUGCCACCUCGUUCCUGCGCCACAUCCGUAAACUGGGGCAGAGCCCAGAGGGUGAGGAGACCUCCCGGCUGGGUAUGACCCGUCACAGCCACCCAGGCCUCGGGACUAGCCAGCCCCACAAGUGGUGACACCCAGGUGGAUGCCAAGGACGACCAAGUGGACUGACGCCCCAGCUUUUCUUCCCUCAGGCCCUUUUGGACCCCUUUCCCACUCCUUGUCUCCCCUGGGCUGGCCUCUGCUGGAAAGUUUGAGACUGUGGGUGUGGUGCAUGGUGCUGGGGCAGGGGGGUACCCCAGUCUGUCCCCAAGGCUCUACCCUCACCUGGGGUAGAGACUCCCCUCCCCUGUUCCUGCUAUCCUCUCUGGAAGCUGAGGAGGUAUUGGCAGGCGGACUCGGGGGGCAUCCUUCCUGCACUGUGCACGCACACAUGCACCCGCGUGGCUGUUCUGUGCUUUGCUGACUGUGGGUGGUCCUGCUUGUGUUGUGGCCCUCCAGCCCCCUUUGGUUCCCCCCCCCAUGCCAACCAAUAAAGACGGACAGAGCAAU